AUGAAGGAGCAUGAAGAACCAGUAAGCGCAAGGCCAGCCAACAGGGGUGGUCGUUCAACGAGGCGAACCCUUAGCUGGGUGGUCGUUCAACGAGGCGAACCCUUAGCUCUAAAGUUGUUGAAAGAAUCACUACUUGAAUCACUAAAGUUGUUGAAAGAAUCACUACUUGAAUCACUAAAGUUGUUGAAAGAAUCACUACUUGAAUCACUAAAGUUGUUGAAAGAAUCACUACUUGAAUCACUAAAGUUGUUGAAAGAAUCACUACUUGAAUCACUAAAGUUGUUGAAAGAAUCACUACUUGAAUCACUAAAGUUGUUGAAAGAAUCACUACUUGAAUCACUAAAGUUGUUGAAAGAAUCACUACUUGAAUCACUAAAGUUGUUGAAAGAAUCACUACUUGAAUCACUAAAGUUGUUGAAAGAAUCACCACUUGAAUCAUCUUCACGUCUCUUUCCCUCAUGUUGUGACCAGAUACACCAUUGA